AUGCAGGCAUACUACGACGCCAACAACAACAACAGCAACGGCUAUGGUUUUACCGCAUCGAGAGAACAACGCUAUGGACCAUACACAAACACCUACAACGACGACGGCUAUGUAAUGUCGAAACAACAACUACAACAGCAGCAAGAACGACGCUAUGAACCAUACACACACACGUACAGCGAGGCCGCGCGACUGAGCCCGAUCCCAGCCCAACAGCCAGCGGCGCCGCCACCAACAUAUGCCGAAGCCAUCGACGAGUCCGUUCGCUACGAUGAUACAAAGACGACCGAGAAGCCCUACACCUAUGGCAAUCCCUACCGGUAUCCCUCACCACUGCCCCCAUCACCAGUGUCACCCUCCGCCGGGCCCUCGUCUCUGUCUCCGUCCCAGUCAUCAGCGUAUGCCGCCUAUCGCUAUCCCGGUCCGCAACCGCUCCCAUCGCCCGUCUCCCCAGGGGAGUUAGGGUCAAAGGCCUCCUCCUUCCUAUCCCCCUCCCGCUCCCAGUCAUCACGGGGCCUGCCGAAACCGAUCGCCAUCCCCGCGACACUCGCAAAGUACGGCUCCCCCUUUCUGCGCGCCUACCCGCCUUGCCUCGCACAAUACCACAUCUCGUCCACACUAUUCCUCUCGUUUCUCGACACGCUGAACCGCGUGGCCGUCAAAUCGCCUCCGCUGCAGGUUCUGAGUCUGGCGGGGAAUAUCGCGGGCAUGGUACCUCUGCAGACGGCGCAGAUUGUCGGCGGCGCCGUGAACCUGGCGUCCGAGGUGUCGGCGGGCGUCAUCCAGCAUGGACGCACCGAGAUCGAGCUGCGGCGCGCCAACACGGACAUCUUCGGCCCCCGGGGUCUGAAGGUGGAGAUUGCAAAGACAGAGGCAUUGGCGCAAUUGGCCGGGAUGGACGGCGUGUUGGACAACGACGGCAAACUCAACAAGAAAGCCGCCCUGCUGUUGCCCCUUGAGGGUUUCGACGCCGGUGACGCACAAGGCGACGUCAGCGGCCAACAGCGGCGGCUGGACGCCAUGAAACCCUGGAUCGCCGAGCUGGACAUCACGCCCUUGCCGGAAAUCGACGUGCCCACCAACGCCAUGUCGCGGCUCAACGUGAAAAUCAACGAGCGCGACCGACGCAACGGCGAGAAGAAGCUCGUCGAAAAGCGCCAAAAGGUCCAGCGCGAGUACGAAAAGGAAGCCGGCAAGGCGCAGCGCGAGUUCGACAAGGAGAUGAACAAGAUCAACAAGGACCUCGACAAGCAUCUCCGCGAGGUCGACGACAAGUUGGCCGAGGCCACCCGCAAGGGGAAGUCGAGGGAUAUCUCCAAAUUGGAAAGAGAGAGGGAGAAGAUACUGGAAAAGUAUGACAGAGAAAGAAGCAAGCAAGAGCACGACCUCCAAAAAGAGAUGAGAGGAGUCGAAAAGGAAAGGCUGAAGGAUGACAAGGAGGAGAAGAACAUGCGCAAGCUCAACUGGCUGGUCAUAAGAGAGGUCAACGCCUGGAGUGGUGACGGUCCAAACCCAUAUCUUCCAACACCUUAG